AUGUUUCACAGGAAGAUCCAGAAGUUCUGCGAAGUUGCCCUGAGGGACGGUUUCGACCUGUGCUGGCUGGACUUCUGCUGUAUCGAUAAGAGCAGCUCCACCGAACUUGCUGAAGCCAUCAAUGUCAUGUAUACCUGGUACCGCUACUCGACCAUCUGCUACGCCUAUCUUGGCCGUGACAUUCGCGGUUAUCACCCCGAGCGGAUCAAGGAGUGCCAGUGGUUCAAACGCGGAUGGACCCUACAGGAACUCAUCGCGCCCAACAUCGUCCUCUUCCUCGACGAAGACUGGGAGGUCAUAGGCUCGAAGCACAGCCUCGCGCCUCUCAUUGAGGAAAUCACUUCUAUCCAUCGCGAUAUCCUCACCUUCGAGCGCCUCCCACCGCAGUUCAGCGUCGCGGAGCGAAUGAUGUGGGCGUCGGAGAGAGAGACUACUCGGGAAGAGGACGGAGCGUACUGUCUGAUGGGUCUUUUCCAAGUCAACAUCACGAUCGCUUAUGGCGAGGGAAGCAACGCGUUCAUCCGGCUACAGGAGGAAAUCCUCAGGCAGAGCUCCGACCAGACUCUCUUCGCUUGG